CGGGUGAAAGUUCAGGGCUGACGCUGUGAACCCUGACGCUGCGAACCCUGGCGCCGCGUCUGGGCCCAAGGCGAGGCUGGAACCCAAGCGACUCCCAAGGUUUUCGGCCAGGCGAGCGUUGGCCCGGGCCUGGGAGCGGAUGAAGCGCGCCUCUCCCUCCACUCGGCCUCGCCUGGCGGGCCGGAGGCUGGACGCCCAGACGCGACCUCAGGCUGAGGGGCGGGGCGAGCCGAGCGCCCGGCCCUCCCCAGAGCACGCGAGCUCCGUUCCGCGGCGGGUGGCGCUCGCUGGAGUUGACGUUAGCCAUGGAAACGGGGAGCGGGUCGAGACGUCACCGCGGUAAGCUGGUUGCCCCGGCCGCCACAGCUCUUCUGCCUCCGCGUUCGGACCGCAGGCAGCCUCCCGGCGGGAGCGCCCUAUACGGGUUUACCUGCAAAAACGCAGUCCCCGGGAUGCCUUCGCAUCGCCUCUUCCUUCAGGUGACUCGAGAGACUGCUGUGUUACAGAAAAGGAUGUGACUUUCAGAAUAAUCCUGAGUCAGAAGGAUGAGUCCAGAUGUGCCUCUGCUGAAUGAUUACAAACAGGACUUCUUUCUGAAGCGCUUUCCACAGACUGUUCUUGGAGGCCCUCGACUCAAUUUAGGCUAUUGUGCCCCUCCUUACAUAUAUGUUAAUCAGAUUAUCCUUUUUUUGAUGCCAUGGGUUUUGGGUGGAAUAGGAACACUUUUGUACCAGUUAGGCAUCCUGGAAGACUAUUAUACAGCAGCACUUUCAGGUGGACUAAUGCUUUUCACUGCAUUUGUCAUCCAGUUCACAAGUUUAUACGCCAGAAGCAGAUGGGUGACAGUGGAAAGAAUGCUGACCACAGAUAUCUUAGCAGAGGAAGAUGAACAUGAAUUUACAAGUUGUGCUGGUGCUGAGACCAUCAAAUUUCUAAUUCCUGGCAAAAAACAUACAGCCAAUACCGUUUUUCAUUCUGUUCUUGCUGGCUUAGUGUGUGGUCUUGGAACAUGGUAUUUGCUUCCGAAUAGAAUAACCCUGCUGUAUAGCAGUGCAGGAGGCACUGUUCUACUAUUUUUCUUUGGAUGGAUGACACUGUGUAUAGGAGAAUAUUCAUUAAUUGUAAACACAGCUACAGAGACUGCAACUUUCCAAACCCAGGAUACUUAUGAAAUCACUCCUCUUAUGAGACCUCUUUAUAUUUUUUUCUUUGUUUCUAUAGAUCUUGCACACAGGUUUAUGGUAAAUAUACCAGUUCUAGAACAAAUUAAUCAGAUUUUACACAUCUUGUUUAUAUUUUUACCCUUUCUGUGGGCACUCGGGACCCUACCCCCACCUGAUGCACUUUUCUUAUGGGCAAUGGAGCAGGUUUUAGAGUUUGGCCUUGGAGGCUCAUCUAUGUCAACCCACCUACGGUUGUUAAUAAUGUUCAUCAUUUCUACUGGAACAGCUGUAACAUCAUAUUUCAUUCCCAGCACUGUUGGUGUGGUUCUUUUCAUGACUGGACUUGGAUUCUUACUGAGUCUUAACCUAAGUGAGAUUGUUUUUGGCUUCAAACACAGUGUGACCGGACACAGAGUUGGAACCAAAUCUAAGGCUUUACCCAACGGUUUGGAAAAACAGUUUGCUUGGAAGGAAUACCUUUUCUACAGCAUUGUAUUAGUCUUGGCUCUCUUAGAAACUGGUUUGUUGCAUCACUUUGCUGGUUUCUCACAGAAUUCCAAAAACAGUCCCCAGGCUAUUGUUGGCUAUAUUUUGAUGAUAUUAUUUAUAAUACUAUGGAUACUUAAAGAAAUUCAAAGUGUCUAUAUAUUUGGAAUUUUCCGGAACCCUAUCUAUCCAAAGCAUGUGCAGACUGUGACUUUAUUCCUAGAGAAGCAAACAAAGCUCAUGAAGAUUGGUGUUGUCAGACGGAUUUUGAUAAAUCUAGUGUCACCUUUUGCUAUGAUAGCAUUUCUUUCAUUGGACAGUUCCUUACAAGGACUCCACUCUGUGUCUGUCUCCAUUGGAUUCACAAGAGCUUUUAGAAUGGUAUGGCAGAAUACAGAAAAUGCUUUAUUGGAGACAGUCAUUGUAUCAUCAGUGCACUUGUUGAUCUCCAAUACAGACAUAUGGUGGAACCGAAAUUUGGAUACAGGAAUCAGACUCUUACUGGUUGGUAUCAUGCGUGAUCGUCUGAUUCAAUUCAUCUCUAAAUUGCAGUUUGCUGUGACCGUACUCUUGGCGUCAUGGACAGAGAAAAAACGUAGAAAAUCAACCACCACUUUAUGUGUACUCAACAUUGUCUUCUCUCCAUUUGUGUUGGUCUUCAUAGUUUUUUCUGCACUACUCUCUUCUCCCUUACUGCCCCUCUUCACCCUUCCUUUGUUCUUGGUGGGGUUUCCUCGACCUGUUCAGAGUUGGCCAGGAGUUGUGGGUACCACAGCCUGUGUGUGUGCAGAUACAGUGUACUACUACCAGAUGGUCCCGAGUUUGAACACUGCCCUGCAGUCUGCACUGGCAGCUGGAAGUUUAGGUCUCCUCUUACCUGGGUCUCAUUACUUGGGCCGUUUUCAGGAUCGUUUAAUAUGGAUAAUGAUUCUAGAAUGUGGCUAUACUUAUUGCUGUAUUAACAUUAAGGGGUUAGAAUUGCAAGAGACAUCCUGUCAUACUGCUGAAGCUCGAAGAGUUGACGAAGUUUUUGAAGGUGCCUUUGAACAAGAAGAAUAUGCAAGAGUAUGUUCCAUUAAUGAACACUUUGGAAAUGUCUUGACACCCUGUACUGUUUUGCCUGUGAAACUCUAUUCUGAUGCCAGGAAUGUCCUGUCUGGCAUAAUUGAUUCCCAUGACAACUUAAAAGAAUUUAAAGGUGACCUUGUUAAAGUACUUGUGUGGAUACUUCUUCAGUACUGUUCCAGAAGGUCCAACAUGCAGGAAAAUGUUCACAAAACUGAAAAUAAAGGGAAAGCAUCUCUAAUAAUCCUUCCUCCUUUGAAUACUUCACCACAAACCGAAUCCCCAGAAGACACAGAUAGUUUAAAUUCAGAAAAUUUGGAUGACUGGUCUGAUGAUGUUUUUGGUGAAGAGCCAACUAUCAAAAAAGGAAAAGAAGAAAAAGUUUUGCCAGGUAUAAAUUUGCCUAUUCCAGGAUCAGUGGAAUCACAGAGGGUUGGUAAACAUUCUACAGGCACAGUUACUGAAAAUAGUCUUUACCAAGCAGUUGCAUUGGGAUACCCUGCUACUGACAAAGGGAAACAAGAAGCCGUGGCAUACAUCCCUCUCAUGGAGUUCAGUUGUCCUCAUUCUCACUUGUUAAGCUUACCUGAAGAGUGGAUAUCUAAUUGUUUGCCUAAUUCCAAAGUGAAGGAGAUGAGCUCAUUAUUUCCAGAAGACUGGUACCACUUUGUUUUAAGGCAGUUGGAAUGUUUUCAUUCAGAAGAAAAUGCCUCAAAUGUAGUGGAAGAAAUUGCAAAGGACAGAGUUUUAAAAGACUUUUAUGUUCAUGCAGUAAUGACUUGUUAUUUUAGUUUGUUUGGAGCAGACAAUAUGAUUCCUAGUCCUGGUCAUAUAUUGAGAGUCUACAGUGGUGUUUUCCCUUGGUCUCUUGCCUUGGAUUGGCUCACAGAAAAGCCAGAACUGUUCCAACUAGCCCUAAAAGCUUUCAGGUAUACUCUGAAACUAAUGAUUGAUAAAGCGAGUUUAGGUCCAAUAGAAGACUUUAAAGAGCUGACCAACUGCCUUGAAGAAUAUGAAAGUGACUGGUACAUUGGUUUGGUAUCUGAUGAAAAGUGGAAGGAAGCAAUUUUACAAGAAAAACCAUACUUGUUUUCUCUGGGGUAUGAUCCUAAUAUGGGAGUUUACACUGGGAGAGUACUUACCCUUCAAGAAUUAUUGAUCCAAGUUGGGAAGUUAAAUGCUGAAGCUGUUAGAGGUCAGUGGGCCAAUCUUUCAUGGGAAUUGCUUUAUGCCACCAAUGAUGAUGAGGAACGUUAUAGUAUACAAGCUCAUCCACUACUUUUAAGAAACCUUACAGUACAAGCGGCUGAUCCUCCCCUGGGAUAUCCAAUUUAUUCUUCAAAGCCUCUCCAUAUACAUUUGUUUUAGAACCCGUUUUAACUUGUAUUGUGAGCAAAUGAGAUGUCUAGAAAAUUAACAAUAUGAUUCCUCAUAACUUCACUGGACUUCUCUCUCUCCUCCCACAAGUCAGAUGCCUAAGCUAAGCUCUAUAAAGUUGAUUCUCUUAGGUAUCUUAAUGGUUUAAAACAACAACUUUAUGUCUAACAUAAAAGUUAAAAUUAGUUGGCCAAUAUUUGUGCCCUAUUGAGUGUGGUAGGCUUUGGUAAAUAUAAAACAUUUGUGUAAGAUAAUAUAAUGAAUUUUUUAAUGCUUUCUUAAAUGUAUAAGUGACUGGCCUUAGUCAACAACUAUGUAAUUUUUACAUGCUUAAAAGAUACACAUAUCAGUGUUUUUAAGUCAAGAUAAUGGAUCCUACUGAAGGUUACAUAAUGUAUAUAUAUUUAUUUGAAAUAUUAAAUUUUAUAGUAUUUUCAAACUUUGUGCUAUUUUAUUUUAAUAUUUAACACGGUCUGUUUCCAUAUAA